AUGGGCCUUCAUUUUGAUUUGCUUUCUCUGGAACAGAAGCAAGGAGCAAUAUUCUGGACCAUGGUGGGUUUUCCUGCCGGUGUAAUGUCGUUUGGUCUACCCAAAGUCGCCGUUGUAGCUCUUCUCACGAAAAUUCUGAACCCGAGCCCAUGGCAUAGAAGGCUGCUUUGGGGCCUGUCUCUUUUCUGCCUGCUCAACCUAACCGCCAACAUGGUUCUCCUCUUUACUCAUUGUUUGCCCACACGUUCGCUAUGGGACUUUUCAGUCACAGGAAGGUGUUUAAGCAAGUGGACUCUGGUUUCAUUUGCCAUUUACUCAGGAGGUAUCUUAGCCAACAUCCUACAUCAUCAGGCAGGACAACAGCACGCUUACUUGAACACAAUAUCUUUCGGUGCUUUUGUCGAUGCAUACCUCGCCGUGUAUCCUUCUGUGGUACUUUCAAAGCUGCAGAUGAGCCUGAAGAAGAAAAUUGCUUUGAGCGUUGCGCUUGGCAUUGGAUCAAUCUCAACUAUUGUAGCAAUAUACAAAUGCACUCGAGUCCCAAGUCUUGCGAGUCAAGACUUCACGUAUGAUACUGCAGACCUAGUCAUAUGGACAAUUGUCGAAGGAGGCACAAUGAUUAUAGCUGCGUGCAUUCCUGUUCUCCAGCCUCUGAGUGACCUUGUCUUUGGCAAGCGCAUUUUCGGCUCAGGAAAUGGUAGACGAACGUAUGAGAACUACGGUUCUGGUCCGGGUGGCCAGUUGAAAUCCGAACCCAUUGAGCUUUCCCGUUCUCACAAACCCCGAAGGCGAACGCAAAGACAAGUGGAUGAGAUAAGUAUCGACGAUGCUGACACUAUGGCUACAACGGCGGUGGCCAAGGGGAGCCAAGAAAGCAUCCUCGAGCAGCACAAUUUCAAGGAAAAGAUUGUGAGAACUGAUGUAUUCAGCAUCAGGGUUGAACCAAGGUAA